AGAUGGUGGUGUUCGGUGACUCCAACGCGGACACCGGAAGGAGGUUCAACGCCCCGGCCAGCUUCCAGUUUGAGGACGACGGGAUCGGGCCCUUCCCGUGGAAACGACUGUAUGACGGGCCGGACAGUGACGAGAAAACGGCGGCGUACAUGCCGUUUGAAGGCUCCGUGUCCAAUGGAAAAGCGUGGCCGACGUGGCUUCGUAUCCCCGAUGAGCACAACUUUGCGACGAGUUCAGGGUCCGCCACGGACGCGUUCCGUUCUCGCGAGAGGUGCACCGGGUACACCGGGGAGGGGGAAGACUUCCCCACGGCGACGCUGGAAGAACAGAUCGACCGUUACUUUUACGAAAUCGUCGACGAUGCCAACACAACUACGGACGAAACUCUAGACUACACCCACGUUAUUUUCAUCGGGACAAACGAGCUGAACAGGGUAGUAGAGGCCAUCACCCGCUACUCCAUUGGGGGCGAGGGCUACGAAGACCCCGUUGCCUUCGACAAGGUCUUCGAGGUUAACGCCACCACCGGGUUUCCAGUUCUCGACGACAGCGGCCUCCCGGUACCCACCUUCGCCCCCAUGAUCGAGGAAGUGCUCGGUGCUUGGGAUGAGGGGAUCGGCAGGCUGAUCGACGCUGGCGUCACCGGGAGAAUUCUCCUCGCCAACGUCGGAUCUCCCAAGGGGCUGGCUGGCAUUGCCGGUACGGAAACCGCAACUGUUUUAGACCAGGUCGCCCUGUCCCUCCGCAGCGGGGCCGAACUGUUGGUUGCCAAGUACGCUGGUCAAGUGCGAAUGCUGGACAUGUACACUCUGUUCGCGGCGCUUGUUGACGACGAGUCCAUCUUCUUGGACCUCGGCUUCACGCCCGGAGAAGGAUCCCUCUUGGCCGACAGCUGCAUCCAGUUUAACUUCUUCGUGGACGACGCCGCCGAGAUCAUGGGGACGCAAGCCUUGCGCAACCCGGACUGCCAGGAGGAGUGCACGCUCUGCGCCGACUCGACUACCCCGUGCGCGACGUGCUUUGUGGACCAGCCGGCCAUCACCAAGUGCGACGACCCUUCGAACAAGAUCUUCUACGACGGCAUCCACUUCACCACAGACUUCCACCUCAUCUUCGGAGAGGCCAUCAGGCAGUGCUCCAAGGACAGCCCCAACUUCGACCGCCCGUUAGUGGGAGUGAUGUGCCCGGAGGAGCACUGGUACUGAGCGUGAGGGCAGACGGGGUGGCAGUGUUGCUUGCCUCAACCAAACCGUCGCCGUUUUCGUCUCGCUGUGAGGAGGUGCACUGACUGGUGCGCCGCCUCACAAAAGUUGUCCGGGAAACUACUGUAGACUACACGUACACGCCAUUUGUAAAACUCACGUACUUGUAGACUAUACGGCAUUCUAGCGGGGGGGCAUUUCGGCAGCGUGUGUAGCGUUUCCGAGCAGGUCGGUUCAACCUCUCAAAAGACUUUCCGAGCAGGUCGAAGCUGCACGGAAGAACUUCGCCAUCCAACAUGUUCCACUCCAAGCAAGCACAAGCUAUAUGAAGCCAAUCGGAGGGUGUUUGGAAAGUUCUUCAAGGCCGUGUUUCUUGUGUCGAACUACAGCAGUCUAUCGCUUUGCCCACGCGGCGUGAAAUUUGUUUUUUCGACGGGCCUGGCAUUUUGGUAUGUUUCGGCCAGUUGUUGUGCACCGACCAACUUUUUUUUUCUCGAUCACCGGGAGCGGCUGUUGGAUGGUCACGUCGAAUCACGUCAUCAUCACUCCUUCAAGGGUAGGUGGAUUCCAAAGGAUUGCGCCCGUAGAAAGUCAAGACAACAGUUUAAUAGUAGAGGUUCGAGGGUGAAGUCGUGACGCUCCGAGAAUACAGCAGGGACGCGAGUGAAACUUAUCGUCCAAUCCCUCGCAUGUAGUUUAGUCUAUGUGUGGUAGCCUCCUCGUUGGGUGGAUUGAUGUCGUGUGUUGCGUACUUGGCAGUUGGGACGUGUUCGUUCGUGGAACGGCGACCAUAGACAGUGUACGGUUGCCGCGCGAGUGUGUGAAUAUCUGCUGUAGACCGUAGAACAGGUGCUACAAUAGUAGUCCAGGCAUCUCACGUUUUCAGUUUGGUGUUCAUUGUACGGUACCGUUUAGAGGACACGUAAAUCAUUGGGAACUGGAAAUUAUGUAGAGGGGUGGAUACUGUCUUCGACUGUGAAGGUGACCCUUGAUUGUGGCGAUAGGUACGUGUAGCGUAGUCGUGGGCAAACUUUCGCCCUUUCAGCUUUAUUCAAAGAGUAUAGGCGGACCGGAAGUUUUGUUGUAGGAAUAAUGAUGCCCGGUCACGCAGCAGAGUGGCUGACUGAAUCAGAUGGCAAGACGAAAACCGAACCCUACUGAUCUAGAUAAUGCUAGCUAGUGCUGUCGGUACCGUAGGUCACAGGUUGGAUAUAUUCGAGUGAAAAACGUCGCGUUGGAAAAGUCAAAGGCGUAAAAUGUUGCAAGAAAACCGUUAUGAUGAAGGGACUUGUGAAUCCCCUUCCAAGCGUUGCCAAAAGUGUGUUCGCCCUUUUCGGGAAGCAUCGACU